GUGGCGCUGGGAACCGGCGGGGGGGCUGAGCACGGGCCUGGCAGUGGUGAACUCGAACCUGCUGCUGUCGCCGAGGCGGGGUGGGGAGCGCGGCUGCCGGCGCCGGCUUUCCAGCCCCAUGGACGCGCCACGCGCCUCCGCGCUCCCCGCCGGAGAGGUAAGGCUGGCCUCUCUACCGUCAGAGGUCUGAGCUCUGCCAUGGGGGUAGGGGUGUCUUUACUGCUGCAGUUUUCUCUGACAUCUGGGGGCUACCAGAGUGUGGGCCGAAGCAGGCGCUCCAGCCGCAGAAGUAUCCCCGGGAACCUCCCCAAGAGGAGCUGGACAAAGCCUCAUCUCCAGCUCCACAGCCUCCAGGCAGAGGAAGAACCGAUGCUGGAACGCCGCUGCAGGGGCCCCGUGGCCAUGGGCCCCUCCCAGCCCCGACUCCUCUCUGGGCCCUCCCAGGAGUCGCCCCAGACCCUGGAGAAGGAGCCCCAAGGGCUGAGGUCAAAAGGCUCUUCCGUGGCCCAGUCAGGCAGCCAGGCCCUAGGGCGGGCCCGUCGUUGUGCCCACUGUCGAAGGCACUUCCCCGGCUGGGUGGCCCUCUGGCUUCAUGCCCGCCGCUGCCAGGCCCGGCUGCCUCUGCCCUGUGCCGAAUGCGGCCGGCGCUUCCGCCACGCCCCCUUCUUGGCACUACACUGCCAGGUCCAUGCUGCUGCCACCCCAGACCUGGGCUUCGCUUGCCACCUCUGCGGGCAGAGCUUCCGAGGCUGGGUGGCCCUGGUUCUGCAUCUGCGGGCCCACUCGGCUGCCAAGCGACCCAUCGCCUGUCCCGACUGUGAAAGACGCUUCUGGCGAAGAAAGCAGCUGCGAGCCCAUUUGCGGCGGUGCCACCCCCCUGCCCCUGAGGCCCGGCCUUUCAUCUGCGGCAACUGCGGCCGCAGCUUCGCCCAGUGGGACCAGCUAGUUGCUCACAAGCGGGUUCACGUCGCCGAGGCCCUGGAGGAGGCGGCGGCCAAGGCUCUCGGGCCUCGGCCACGGGGCCGCCCAGCGGUGACCGCCCCCCGGCCAGGCGGAGACGCUGUCGACCGCCCCUUCCAGUGUGCCUGCUGUGGCAAGCGCUUCCGCCACAAGCCCAACCUGAUCGCCCACCGCCGCGUGCACACGGGUGAGCGGCCCCACCAGUGCCCCGAGUGCGGGAAGCGCUUCACCAAUAAGCCCUACCUGACUUCCCACCGGCGCAUUCACACCGGCGAGAAGCCCUACCCGUGCACCGAGUGUGGCCGCCGCUUCCGCCACAAACCCAACCUUCUGUCUCACAGCAAGAUCCACAAGCGAUCCGAAGGGGCGGCCCAGGGGGCCCCCGGCUUGGGGAGCCCCCAGUUUCCCGCCGGCCCUCUGGAGCCUUCAUCGGAGCCCACCUCCGAGGCCCCACUGAAAACCGCCCAGGAGCCGGCUCCGGAGCCUCUGGAGGCCCCCGGGGAGCCCCGCCAGGACCGGGUGUUAGUGCCCCCCUCUCUCUACAGCUGCGAAGACUGUGGUCGGAGCUUCCGGCUGGAGCGCUUCCUGCGGGCCCACCAGCGGCAGCACACGGGCGAGCGGCCCUUCACCUGCGCCGAGUGCGGGAAGAACUUCGGCAAGAAGACCCACCUGGUGGCGCACUCCCGGGUCCACUCCGGCGAGCGGCCCUUCGCCUGCGAGGAGUGCGGGCGCCGCUUCUCGCAGGGCAGCCACCUGGCAGCCCACCGGCGUGACCACGCGCCCGAGCGGCCCUUCGUCUGCCCGGACUGCGGGAAGGCUUUCCGCCACAAGCCCUACCUGGCGGCCCACCGGCGCAUCCACACCGGCGAGAAACCCUACGUCUGCCCCGACUGCGGCAAAGCCUUCAGCCAGAAGUCCAACCUGGUGUCCCACCGGCGCAUCCACACGGGCGAGCGCCCCUACGCCUGCCCCGACUGCGACCGGAGCUUCAGCCAGAAGUCCAACCUCAUCACCCACCGCAAGAGCCACAUCCGGGAUGGCGCCUUCUGCUGCGCCAUCUGCGGCCAGACCUUUGACGACGAGGAGAAGCUCCUGGCCCAUCAGAAGAAGCAUGAUGUCUGAGAGGGCGGGGCCACGGGGCCGAGGGAGGGCGGACCUGGGCGUCAUUCACACUGUGCCCUGUGCUGCUGCUGUAGGUGAGGGAGGGGAAGAAGGGGAGUGAGCUGGGCCCUGUUAAGGAGGGAGGUCGUCUCCCCCCCCCCCAUCAGGAAGCCCACUUGCAGAGCAGAGACCCUGGCCUUCAGCUGAUGUUUGCUAAAGUUUGGUCCUGACUGUCCUGUGCCCUGGAAAAGUAGCAAUAGCAGCUCUACCCACUUCUUAGAGCCCUCCCGCCGGAGGGGCCACCAGUGGACAGGAAGCCCCUCCUCCUCUGGUGGUAACGCCUUAAUGUCUCUCUCUCUUAAUAUGAGUUCCUUCAGCUCAUUUUUUGGAAGUAGGUGUGGUACAGUCCUUAGUGGAUGAGCACCUGGGAGGAAAAGUGGACCAGCUGGAUACACCUGGGAGAACCUGCCAACCUUGUUAGGCAGCACCUGGACCUUUUCCAGGACUGGGAGGCCAAGCCAGGCUGCUCCCACCUGCCCCACCCUGUCCCCCCCAACCCCUGCACAGGCACCCAGACUUGGAGAGACCUGUCUGCUGUUAGUACUUGGCUUCCUUUCCUCCCUGAAGUUCAACCCCCCCACCCCCACCCCGGGCAUCUUGCCAUUGGUCUGACUUGCUUUAUCCACCACCGUCCCAGCGCUUAGAGCAUCCCCUGGCUGUCAGCCGCCCUAUGUCAGGGCUUUUGCCUGAACACCCCAACCCUCCUUCACUCCUUUCAGAACUCGACAUGUUGUGGAAAGGACUGCCCCAUUGACAAUGGAAGGUCAGCUGAUGGGCAAGGAGGGUGAGUUUCCCUUUCAGCAUUUCUAGCGUAUGGACAGCCAGCCUCCGCCUGAACACUUAGGUGAUAGGGAGUCCCCUCACCUCCUGAGGCCCUGGUUCUAUUGUAGGGUAAUUCUAAUUGUUAGAAAUUCUUCCUUAUAAUGAAUGAAGUCUGCUUCCCUGUAAUUUCUACUGUUGGGCCUUGUUCUCUGGAACUAAACACAACCACUUAACCCUCCUUUUCAAACUAGAGAAUAAAGAUCUGGUUUUAGAA